UAAUUUCUAAAAUAGAAAUGGAAAGCUUUAAAUAGGAUGUCCAAAAGAUGUAGGUGAUAAACUCAAGCUGAGAUGUAGAGAGUUUAAAAGCAUUUCAACAUAAGAAAAGAGCGUGUAUACAUACAGUAUAAUAUAACCUGCUAUAUACAUUAAAAUAUAAUAUAAACCACCAUGAAUCCGAUGACCCAGUUCUUGAGCUGGUAGGCAGAUUAUAAAUAUGUAUAUAUAGGUUAUCAAUUGUGAUAAAACUUUCUUGAAAUCCCAAACAUCAUCAAGUAAUUAACUAAAGCGCCAAGAAACAGUUUGAAGCUAGCUAGUACAAUUCUAUUGCCCAUUGAGUAUAAAAGCAUAAAAUUUCCAUAUCAGUAUGGUUUCGUAUCAUCAGGCCAUCAUGAACAUGGGCUCUGCAACAACUCAAUUUGGCCAAACAAGAACGAUGAACAGGUUAUACGAACCGUUCCAGGAGAUCAAUGGGUGGGAGAAGACGCUAGGAGGGGAUGUCAUCCAUGGGUUGAAUAAUAAGUGCUUGGUUACACAUCAAACUGCAGGAGUGGAUGAUAAUAAGUCCGAGUACACUUCUAGUGAUUCAGCUGCUGCACCUUUUGCUUUUGGGGAUAAUCAAGCAACACAUAGCAUUACAGCAGACAAGGUGCAGAGACGUCUAGCACAAAAUCGUGAAGCUGCUAGGAAAAGUCGCCUUAGGAAAAAGGCUUAUGUUCAACAGUUAGAAACGAGCCGUGUGAAGCUAACACAACUUGAGAUGGAGCUCCAGCAAGCCAAGCAACAAGGACUACAUAUUCUAGGCGCCACCCGUAGCAUAGCAAUGUGCGGAGCGAUUAAUCCAGUAGGAAUUGCUGCAUUUGAGAUGGACUACGCACAGUGGGUAGAAGAGAGACAAAUGAGAAAUUCAGAGCUCAGAAUUGCCUUACAGUCAAACGUGCAUGACACGGAGCUGCAAUUACUAGUUGACAAUAUCUUAAACCACUAUUACUGUCUCUUCCGGAUGAAAGCUGAUGUUGCGAAAGCGGAUAUAUUCUACUUAAUAUCAGGAAUGUGGCAAACGCCAGUCGAGCGGUUUCUCCUUUGGCUCGGAGGAUUCAGACCAUUACAACUUAUCAACGUGAUAUUGCAGCAAAUCACACCCUUGAGUGAAGAGCAGUUAUUGAGUGUGUAUGAACUGCAACUGAGUUGCCAACAGGCCGAGGACGCCCUCACACAAGGAAUGGAUAAACUGCAACAAUUCCUGUCCCACAGCGUGAGGAUGAUAAGCCCUGGAGCAGGAAGUUACAGCACUCAAUUGGUGACUGCUUUGGAGAAAUUACUAACACUUGAAAGCCUAAUCAACCAGAAUAACAUUCGAUAUGGAAAAUGUCAAUGGGGGAAAUAUCUGAAAAUCGACACAAAUGCAUUGAAUUUGUAGAACUACAAUUAUUUUUGGAAAGGAUGAAGUAGGUUUUAGAGUUAAGACUCAUAUUCCACCUCUUAUAUAUGCUGUUGGAAUUUUUCUACUACAAUUUAAACGUGUUGUUUUUUCGUUCAUCCAAACAGGCGGAUAACCUCCGGCAGCAGACGUUGCAGCAGAUGUGCCGAAUUCUAACAACCAAACAAGCUGCCACGGGGCUGCUCGCAUUUGGAGACUUCUACCAACGCCUCCGUGAUCUGAGUUCAAUCUGGGCUGCCCGUCCUUGCGAAACCUACAACUAAUUAUAUGGCAACAUAACUUCACUGCCACGCUUUUUCCCCAAAUUGACUCAGCCGCGCUUAGAACAUUGUAGCAAACUACAUUUGCCAUUGUUAGUAACUUAUGCUUGUACUAUGCUGUUGUUGCCCAAGCUGACAUGGUAAAGGAACCCUAUGUAAAUUACAGAGUAAGAAUGUGCUUCUUAAUGUAAAUAAUAAACUUUACUAAUUCAGAAGAAAUUUCAAAAUGUGCAAAAGCUUGUUGAAUUUGCCUGUCUGAAGAAUAAGACAAUAUUGGUACAAGAUAAAUAUAUUGACAACAUGAUGAAUUUCAUUCAUUACAACAUUCAUGAUUUGCAGCAAUUAUGAUUGAAUAAGUAAAUUGGAAAAAGGAGAGGGAGGGGCUAAUUAUACGGCCAACCGAAUGUCUUUGAUCUCGAGCUGAGCAGCAAUGUCCUGAAGCUGCUUCUUUACACUCAUAUCGACUAAUUUGGACCCGGAAUUUCCGAACCGGAUUGUGAACCCGGCCACCAGAGACGGGUCAAUCACGGUCUUGAUUCGAACAUUCUUCGCUCCGGUUAGCCGCUGAACGCCCUUCGCGAUCUGUGCCAGGUGUUGCGAGUCCAGCUUCACCACCGAACUCACAAUCGCCAGCUCCGUCUCCGUCGCCUGGUUGUACAAAUCCUCGAACUCCUUCACGAUGUCCUUUAUCAGCUCCAUUCGAUUCAUGUCCAGCAGGAUGUUCAGGAAAUUGACCGUGUGCGGCUGGAGCUCCGACGACUCAGCGAUCUCAUCGAUUAGCGACCGCUUAUUCUCAUCGCUCAUCACAGGAUUGGCGAAGAAAUCGAACACCGAAUCGUCGGAGAAGAUUUUCUCGAUCUUUCCCAUGUCCGCUGUGGUUUGCUCCAGAGUUCCGUUCGACAUGGCGACAUCGCAGAGCGCGGAAGCGUAUCUUCCGGCAGCCGUGUCAGCCAUUUUGGCACCAAGCACACCGCCGCCGGCGCGGCGGGAGAGUCUUCUGGAGGGAGACUUGAUAGUGAACUUCGGAAGCCUCAGGCCCCCGGAGAAGGAGAGCUUUGCCGUCGGCGGGGCAAGGAUUUUAGUGGACGGCAACGAGCACGAGUAGAAUGUAAACGAAGUUCGUUGGAAAGCCGCCAUUUCUUCUUGGGUGGGAAGAUAAGACGAAGAAGGGUGGAAACUUGAAGUGACGAUAUGCGGAGAAUAGGAUUAAAGGAGUGCAAGGGACGGUGAAGAUUGGGGAAAACGUACUGUUGGACGGAGGAAAAGGGGUAGCUAAUCUGGUGAUCCCAGAAUAUCCUGACAUCUUAU